UGUGGAGAGAGCGACCGACACGACACAAUAGCGAUAAGUACGAUUUGUCACGAAUCAUGUGCAUAUAUUAAUCUUAUAUAUCCGACACACAACUGUGACGAAGAUAUGAAGAAUGCAAGACAUUUCUGUUGGUUAAUUGCCAGGCGGACUUUAUUUGUAUCGCCGAAAUCUGACAAUGACAGCGCCUCUUCCCAAGGCACAAGUGUUUUGGGUUUACCCCCUCAGUCUGAUGAGGUGUCUCUGUAUGUACAUUGGCCAUACUGUCUAAGAAGAUGCUCCUACUGCAACUUUAACAAGUAUAUUCCACGGUCUGUGAACCAUUCUGCCAUGACAGAAUGUUUGCAGAAGGAGACAGAAACUCUGUUGAAGCUCAGUCAGGUGUCUCGUGUUACCUCUGUAUUUUUUGGAGGAGGAACACCUAGCUUGGCACAGCCUGCCACCAUUGCUGCUGUCCUGGAGACAGUCUCACAACAUGCUCAGCUGACAGAGGGGGCCGAGGUCACUCUGGAGGUCAACCCAACACCUGCUGGUAUGUCCAAGCUGAAAGACUUCAUACAGGCUGGGAUCAACCGACUCUCUAUUGGAGUGCAGUCUCUUAACAAUGAGGAUCUGAAGGUGUUGGGGAGAGACCACAGUUCCCAGCAUGCCUUGCACACCAUUUCUGAGGCCCGGAGGCUUUGUCCAGGCCGCGUCUCUGUGGACGUCAUGUUUGGGCGCCCAGGCCAGAGCGUGGCCUCAUGGGAGACAGAACUGGAGGAGCUGCUUGCGGUCUGUGACGAUCACGUGUCGCUUUACCAGCUGACCGUAGAGAGAAGCACGCAGCUUUUCAAGCAGAUUCAGCGGGGUGAAUUGACUGUUCCUGGUGAAGACAUCACCGCUGUUAUGUACAGGACUGCAAGGGAAGUCCUAGAAAAGCAAGGUUUUCGUCAAUAUGAGGUGUCUAACUUUGCCAAAGAUGGUGCUGUAUGUGAACAUAAUGUGGGAUACUGGAGGGCCCAGCAGUAUAUUGGUGUUGGCCCAGGGGCCCACGGCCGGUUUGUGCCCGUCUCUGCGGGAUCUGUUCAGAGGGAAGCUCGGACCCAGACCAUGGCGCCGGACAUGUGGAUGAGCGAGGUUCAGAAGUCUGGUCACGCCACCCGACGCCAGAUUCCACUGAGUCACCUUGCACUGCUUGAGGAGGUGUUGGUCAUGGGACUACGGAUGACUGAUGGAAUCACACAUCAGCACUGGAAAAUGUUCAGCCCCAGUGAUGACCUCCAUGGAGUUCUGGGUCAGUGUGGAGUCGUUCAGGAACUAAAGCGGAGGGGACUUCUGAUCCUCGAUGACAGGGGUCUACGGUGUUCCUGGGAGGGCCUGGCCUUGCUGGACGGCAUGCUGCCAACUCUCUUACUGCAGCUAGGAACCUACGUGCACAGUCAAGGACACCAGGGGAACGGGGAGUCCACCGCACCGUGCCACAGAGAAGGACAGCAGAGGAGGUGACCUACAGAAACUGGACAGAAGGACCCAGCUGACUGACCUUCAGCACUGAUUCUGCAUGGACUGACUGGGUUUCACUGUUUUGUUCUGAAACUUAUCAGAAAAGUUUUUUUUUUCCAAAACAAAAGAGAGUACGCUUUUCUCACUGUGCCAUGUGCCUCUUCAGUGUCAGCUGGACGAUUAACUCGGGUUUUUGUACAGCCCUGUUGACCCUCUGGAGCACAGCGUUGCUCACGAAUGCAGGCCUGUGAAGAGCCGCCUGAUGGCUCUCAUUAUGCUGCCCGACCUGGCACAAGGACCGCACAGAACAGUUCAUCACGGCUUGGUGCAGGCUUUCACCCGGGCAAAGCGAAUCGGCUGUCUCACCAGCAGAGGGAACAGCAGGAAUGACUGAGUUGUCGUCAUGUAGCAGAGCGUCAACAAAGCAUGACUAGUGUGACAGCUGGACAUGAUGCUAAGAAAAGUGCAGGAACCAAGCAAUGUCUGGAACAGGCAGCUAUAUAAUGACUAAAUAAAUAAACAAAAAGUCCAUCUUCA